GUGUUUCUAUCAGGGGGAAAAAAAAGCUAUAGCCACCAUCACUUUUCACCACCAUUACCAUAGAUUUUGAAACAAAGUUUCUUUCGUGUUAACAGUUAAAGAAGAUCUGAACAAAACAGUUAAAAGAUCAUGGGAAGGGCUCCUUGUUGUGACAAGGCUAAUGUGAAGAAAGGACCUUGGUCACCUGAAGAAGAUGCAAAGCUGAAGGACUACAUAGACAAAAAUGAAACCGGAGGAAACUGGAUUUCUCUUCCACAAAAAGCUGGUCUCAGGAGAUGUGGGAAAAGUUGCAGAUUAAGAUGGCUUAACUAUCUCAGGCCAAAUAUUAAACAUGGAGAAUUCUCUGAUGAUGAGGAUAGGAUCAUCUGCACUCUCUUUGCAAACAUUGGUAGCAGGUGGUCAAUUAUAGCAGCUCAGUUGCCAGGCAGGACUGAUAAUGAUAUCAAGAACUACUGGAACACAAAGCUGAAGAAGAAACUAUUUGGCAGGGCUCCCCAGUCUCAAAGAAAACCUCAUCAGAUUCACCAUGCCACUUUAUCAUCUCUUCUUCAACAAUCAUCUUCACCUUCACCUACAUCAACAUUACUCUAUAAUUGCAGCAACAACACCUACCAAACACCAGAUACAUCUUUUUCAUGCUUCCAAACAUCAUAUUCCUCUAGUUUCUCAAACACCGGUACUUCUUGUCUUACUGUUGCAUCAAUUCAUCAACCCCGGCACCAGGAGAGUUUAUUAAGUCCAAUCCAGCAUUAUCAGCUGCAUGAUAGUGGUGUCCAAAUGUUCGGAGGUGAAGCUAGUUGUAGCUCUUCCGAUGGGAGUUGCAGCAAUAUUCAAAACAGCGGCAACAACAAAGAAUCAGUGUAUAACAAUGGUGAUCAUCAUCAGCAAAUAGGGAGUCAUCACAGUUAUUUCUACAGUGAAGUUGCUGAUGAAAGCCAGAAGCCAAUCAUGGUAUCAAACGUUGACCAUGGUGCUGAUGGACGGCCCGAUCAUCAGAAAUCACCAAACGGAUUGUGGGGUGAAACUGAAACACCACUGGAUUAUGGGAUUGAGGAAAUUAAGCAGCUAAUUAGUACUACGAGUAGUAGUAACAACUACAUUUUUUAUGAAAACAAGGCAGAUGAAAAAGUUAUGUACUAUUGAUCUGACUUGGACUGUGUGUAAAAUCAGAUGGACUUGAAGGGCAAUGGGUUUAUAGAUUUAGGGGUUAGUUUGUUUAUUUAGAAUGAUUAAACCCUAAAUGAUUCAGAGA